CCUCACUCCCCCCUUCCAAAUACCAUAGACGGGCCUCGGAUUAGGGUCGGGUGUUCCUUAAUCUCUGCCUCUGCCACUGCCCCUUCCGCAAUUGGAGCCCGUGGGAGUGGUAUCUAUAAGAAUUGUGAAUGCGGUAGAAGACCUGACAGAAAGGCGAGAUGGUUUCAGGAACCAUGGCACCACGUCUUGUGCUGCUUCUGCUCCUCGUGGGAUCAUGUCUCAGGCCAGGUUCUGCUGUCGGCUUCGACUCCAGGGAGCGCGAGGCACGCCUCUACACAGCUGUUAUCGAGGUGCCCAACGGAGGACCCUGGGGAGAUUGGACGUGGCCCGAGAUGUGUCCGGAUGGAUUCUUCGCCAGUGGCUUCUCCCUCAAGGUCGAGCACCCCCAAGGCAUCCCUGGAGAUGACACAGCCCUGAACGGAGUCCGGCUUCACUGCGCCCUAGGCAACGCUGAGAGCAACACUCCCGUGGUGGAGUCUCAGUCGGGAAGGUGGGGAGCAUGGUCUGAGCCACUGUGGUGUCUCGAUGGCGGCUUCCUCACCGCCUUCUCACUACGAGUGGAAGAUUCCAGCACUCCAGGAGACAACACUGCAGCUAACAACGUGCGCUUUCGCUGCUCCGGCGGUGAAGAGCUAGAGGGGCAUGGCCUGGAGUGGGGGGAAUUCGGGUCCUGGAGUGACAGUUGCGCCAAGGGUGUGUGUGGCCUCCAAACCAAGCAGGAGGCUCCCCGUGGGAUCUGGGAUGAUACAGCACUCAAUGACCUUCGUCUUUUCUGUUGCAGCAGCUGAGAUCCAUCACAAAUUGCUUAUCGGUUUCUCUCCCCUCGAACUUCUCUCUCUUCCCCCAAACCUCUCACCAAGUCCUCCACAAAAACUGCUCAAAAGAUAGUUUACUCCUUAAGGGAAUCUAAUGUUGCCCAGAUUUGUGCUCCCCACAUAUACCCCACCUUCCCCAACCUUCUCUUUUAUUCAUCCAUAUUAAAUCUCCCAUUCCAAUCCUCCAUCUUCUGUGUUACUGAGGAACCUAGGUGUCAGCUGAACCCCUGUCUUCUUCCUAUGUAUUUCCCCCACUAAACUGUAAACUGCCAAGGAGGGCAGGGACCAGGUCUUGCUCUUGGUACCCUUCACUCCCACCCUCACUGUGUCCUGAACAUUGGUUAGUGCUAGCUCAGUGAUCUUGGGGGAUGGGGAUCUCUCCUCUUCUCACUGGUUUCUGCUUUCUAAGAAUAAGUAUUUCCCUCACAACAACCCUGUGAAGCAGUGCAAUGGUUAUUCCCAUUUUGUAGAUGACAAAAUUGAAGCCACCAAUUGGGCUUGAAACUUCCGACUCCUCACUCUCACUCUACAUAUCUAAUCUGUUGCCAAAUCUUGUACUUUGUACCUUCACAAAUCUCUCUUCUAUGUCCCCUUCUUUCCACUCACACAGGUAUAACCUUAGCUCAAUCCCUCAUUGCCUUUCCUUCCACCAUUGCAAUAACCUUUUAACUAGUCUCCCUGCUGCAACUCUGUCCUUACUCCAAACCAUUGACUACUCAAAUGGUGAAGUGAUUUUUUUCUAGUGUAGCUCUGACCAUGUCAUCACUCUGCUUAAUGAGCUCCGGAGCUUCUUAUUAUCUCCAGAAUCAAAUAUAAAGUCCUCUGGCAUUUGAAGCUCUUAGUAACCUGACACCUUCUGACCUUUCUAGGUGUCUUACACUUUAUUCUCCUCUGUACACUCUAAGAUGUUUCUAGAACUAGACAUUCAAACUCCCAUCUCCAUGCCUUUGCACCAACCCCAUGCCUGGAAUGCUCUGCCCUCUCACCUUUACCUCUUAGUUUCCCUGGCUUCCUUCAAGACCACUACAAGGUCUAUCUUUUGCUGGAGGCCUUUCCUGAUUCUCCUAGCUGCUGGUGUCUUCCCUUCUCAAAUUACAUUCUAUUUAAUCUUUAUAUAUCUUUUAAGUUAUGUACAAGUUGUUUUCACCCAUUAAAAUGUAAGCUCCUUGAGG